CUGAUUUCCUCUCCGAAGCGAAAACCUAAAGGCUGUGGCUACCCUUCUCGUCUCUCUUCCCCGAGUUCUGACCCUCAGCGAUCAGAGUUCUAAAAGUUUGUGCUUCUCCUCCCUCUUCAGUCUUCUCUGAGCCUUCGCAAUCGGAGAUCUCUAAAGCCCAAAGGGAGUGCCGCUGUGAUUGUCUUUCUUCCUUGACCUCAGCGAUCGCAGGCUCCAAUCGUUCUUUUUCUCCGUGGUUGCCUAUCAUGGAGGCAUAGAGAAAUAGAGCAUUGCACUAUCGAGGAUUCGGAGCCUUUGGCGGAAAGCUUACCGCAGUAAGUGAUCUGCAUUUUACGAUUCAAGAUGAUUCAUCUAUUUGCUGAUGAUUUCUAAGUGUGUGACCCAUAUGACAUGUGUUUAAAAGCAAUCCAAGGACAGAUGUGGUAUAUAUCUAAACAAUUAGGCCAUGGUUUAGUUUUUCAAGGACUCUGAUUUGACUUCGAUUCUGGAAAGAUAAACUCACUUUUGCAACGUGUUCGAAUGAGAGAGGACGCAUAUUCAGAGGCGUUAUGGCUCAACAGUCGUCUCGUCUUCAUCGUUUGCUCACUCUAUUGGACACUGGUUCAACCCAAGCAACAAGAUUUGCAGCUGCGCGUCAGAUCGGGGAUAUUGCAAGGGCACAUCCCCAAGAUUUGAACUCUCUGCUAAGGAAGGUGUCUCAGUGUCUUCGUAGCAAGAAUUGGGAUACAAGGGUUGCAGCAGCUCAUGCUAUUGGGGCUAUAGCAGAGAAUGUGAAACAUGCAACUAUGACAGAUCUAUUUGCAUGUGUUGAAACGGAGAUGUCAGACGUUGGAAUUUCCGCUGUUGUUGAUGAUCUAAUUAUGGCAUGGCCAAACUUUCACCCCAAAUUUGUGGCAGGGACCUCUUUUAGAAGUUAUGACAUCAGCAAGGUGUUGGAAUUUGGUGCUUUGUUAGCAUCUGGAGGCCAGGAAUAUGAUAUUGUGGGUGACAGUAACAAGAAUCCUGGGGAGCGUAUAGCCCGUCAAAAACAGAAUCUCCGGCGUCGUUUGGGUUUGGACAUGUGUGAGCAGUUCAUGGAUGUCAAUGAUAUGAUCAAAGAUGAAGAUCUUUUUGUGGAAAAGUACAACUUCCAUGUAAAUGGGAUGGACCGGAGAUACUAUACAUCACAAUCUGGAAAUCGUAUUCAGCAACUAGUUGCAAAUAUGGUUCCAAGUGUCAUUUCUAAAAUGCCAAGUGCAAGGGAAUUAAAUCUCUUGAAACGAAAAGCAAAAAUAAAUGCAAAGGAUCAAAUAAAAGGAUGGACAGAGGAUGGGGAUUUUGAGGUGUCAUAUUCUCAAAAUUCAGGGACACCAAAGGGCUCAUCUGCAGAUCCACUGAGUUCUAGUAAGGCAUUUAUGGAUGCUCCUCUAGAGGAAGAUGGGUUUGAGAGUGAUGGAGAUGGGCGCUGGCCUUUCCAUAAUUUUGUUGAACAACUUAUUCUUGAUAUGUUUGAUCCCAGUUGGGAGGUGCGCCAUGGAAGUAUCAUGGGUCUAAGAGAAAUUUUAACACAUCAAGGUUCGUCUGCUGGGGUAUCUGUGCCCGACUUGUGCUCAAAAAAUGUGUGGUCAGUUGAUUUUGAAGAUAAAAUUGAUUUGAGCAAAACAAAGAGAGGACGGGAAAUUGAUUUGAAUAUACAAGUGGGAUUGGAGGAGUCUGAGUCGAGCUUAAAAAGACAAAAGUCUGAAGAUGUAUUUUGUGAGGAGUUCAGCAUAAUGCCUUCUGUGAACAAGGAUAUUGACCUCGAUGCUCGUGUAAAGGUUGAAGAUGGUGUAUGUAGAUCCAUCCCUGGGCAUAUAAAUGGUGGAUUUGACAUUGGUCUUGUUAAGAUGGAGCAAGAGUCUUUUGUUGACGAGCUUCAAUAUCAGCAGAUUCAGCAGAAUGAAGGUGGUGGUAUGGCAGAGAAUAGUUCUGUUGAGGAUAAUAGUUCCAUGAAAACAUUGAACAUACUUAAAGAUCUCCCUGAAAGUUGCAAAUUGAUGAAACUGGUCAAACUGACGAGGCAUUCAUGGAUUAAAAAUCUGGGAUUCCUUCAAGAUUGUGCCAUUCGUUUCUUGUGUGUAUUGUCAUUAGAUCGUUUUGGUGAUUAUGUUUCUGACCAGGUUGUUGCACCAGUGCGUGAAACAUGUGCACAAGCACUCGGUGCUGUGCUCAAGUACAUGCAUUCUUCAUUAGUCCAUGAGACGCUGAACAUCUUGCUGCAAAUGCAGUGUAGACCAGAAUGGGAAAUACGCCAUGGCAGCCUUUUGGGUAUCAAGUAUCUGGUUGCUGUGCGACGGGAAAUGCUUCACGAUUUGCUUGGGUAUGUUCUUCCUGCAUGUAAAGCAGGGCUGGAGGAUCCAGAUGAUGAUGUUAGGGCAGUUGCCGCUGAAGCUCUGCUACCUGCUGCAGCUGCCAUAGUUUCUCUAAAUGGCGAAACUCUGCAUUCCAUUGUUAUUUUACUUUGGGAUAUCUUGCUUGAUCUUGAUGACUUAAGUCCAUCCACUAGCAGUGUCAUGAACUUAUUGGCAGAAAUCUAUUCCCAGGAAGAAAUGAUUCCUAAGAUGUUUGGUGUGCUUGAAGAGAAAGAAGAGUUUGAUCUUAAUGAAUUAGUUCAGAUUGAUGAACAUGGGGCAGGAAUCAAGUCUGAGGAGAACCCUUUUAUUUUAUCUACUCUGGCACCAAGAUUGUGGCCGUUUAUGAGGCAUAGCAUUACAUCAGUUCGUCAUUCAGCCAUACGUACUUUGGAGCGGCUGCUUGAAGCGGGAUGUAGAAGGAGCUCUUCCGAGUCAAAACCUAGUUGCUUUUGGCCUUCUUUUAUUUUGGGUGAUACACUUAGGAUUGUGUUUCAGAAUCUUCUCCUUGAAUCAAAUGAACAAAUUCUUCAAUGUUCUCAGAGGGUUUGGAGUCUCCUACUACAGUGUCCAGAGCAGGAUUUGGAAACUGCUGCAAGAUCAUAUUUCUCUUCCUGGAUAGAACUUGCAACAACUCCGUAUGGUUCACCAUUGGAUGCUACAAAAAUGUUUUGGCCAGUAACCCUUCCUCGGAAAAGUCAUUUUAAAGCUGCCGCUAAGAUGAGAGCGGCAAAGCUAGACAAUGAUCACAGUAUAAACUUUGGCUUUGAUUCUGCAAAAGGAGCUUCUUCACAGGAAAAAAAUGGAGAUGUGUCUACAAACUUUGUUAAGAUAAUUGUUGGUGCAGAUGGUCAGAAGUCUGUCACUCAUACACGCGUAGUUACUGCUUCAGCUUUGGGUAUUCUAGCUUCUAAGUUGCCUGAGGAGUCUUUACAGUUUGUCAUUGAUCCAUUAUGGAGCAAUCUUACCUCCUUGUCUGGGGUCCAGAGACAGGUGGCUUCCAUGCUUCUCGUUGCUUGGUUCAAAGAGAUUAAGACUAGGGGUUUAGUUGGAAUUCACGGGGUUAUGUCUGGGUUCAUUGAUCAAAUUAGGCAAUGGUUGUUGGAUUUGUUAUCAUGUACUGAUCCUUCAUCACCUACAAAAGAUUCACCACUUCCUUAUGCUGAGCUUUCAAGAACUUACACCAAGAUGCGCAAUGAGGCCAGUCUGUUACUUCGUGUUAUUGAAUCAUCUGCACUGCUCAAGAAUAUGUUGAUGUCUACUAUAAUUAACCCUGAUACAUUAAGUGUUGAUGAUGCAAUUAAUUUUGCAUCUAAACUUUUGGUGCCCAGUAACCAAGCAGCUGGGGAGGAAACUAUAGAGAGACACAUCCUUGAUGAUUUGGAAGCAUCAAAGCAACGGCUUUUGACAACUUCUGGCUAUUUAAGAUGUGUUCAGAAUAACUUGCAUGUCACUGUAUCAGCCUUAGUUGCUGCUGCAGUCGUCUGGAUGUCUGAGCUGCCUGUCAGACUUAAUCCUAUUAUUUUGCCUUUGAUGGCUUCUAUAAAAAAAGAGCAGGAGGAAGUACUGCAAGAGAAGGCAGCUGAAGCACUUGCUGAGCUUAUUUAUCAUUGUACUGCACGCAAACCUGGUCCAAAUGAUAAGUUAAUUAAGAACCUUUGCAGCUUGACGUGCAUGGAUCCUUGCGAGACACCCCAAGCUGCAAUCAUAAAUUCCAUGGAGAUUAUUGAUGAUCAAGAUCUGCUAUCUUUUGGAAGAGGUACAGGUCAGCAGAAGACAAAGGUACAUUUGCUAUCUGGAGGGGAAGACCGGUCAAAGGUUGAAGGCUUCAUAAGCCGGCGCGGCUCGGAACUUUCAUUGAAGUACUUGUGUUCAAGGUUUGGUGGUUUUCUAUUUGAUAAGCUUCCUAAAUUAUGGGAUUGCCUUACUGAAGUCCUCAAGCCUGGGAAUCCUCAAGGGCUAGUUCCUACAGAUGAUCAGCAUAUGAUGCAAACAAUCAAUUCUGUGAAGGAUCCACAGAUCUUGAUAAACAAUAUCCAGGUGGUACGUUCAAUUGCAUCUAUGCUGGAUGAUUCAUUAAAACCAAAAUUGCUCACUCUUCUACAAUGUAUCUUUACAUGUGUGCGCCAUUACCAUGUUGCUGUAAGAUUAGCUGCUGCAAGGUGUAUUACCUCAAUGGCAAAGUCGAUGACAUUAAGCGUGAUGGGAGUUGUGGUUGAGAAAACAAUCCCUAUGUUGGGGGAUACAACAUCUGUUCAUGCCAGGCAAGGGGCUGGCGUACUUGUUAGUUUGCUUGUUCAAGCCCUGGGAGUAGAACUAGUUCCAUAUGCUCCUUUGUUGGUAGUGCCUCUUCUCAGAUGUAUGAGUGAUUGUAAUCAUGCUGUUAGGCAGAGUGUCACGCAUAGUUUUGCUGCCCUUGUACCUCUUCUUCCAUUAGCAAGGGGCAUUCCACCGCCAGUUGGGUUAAGUGAAAAUUUAUCUAAAAAUGCUGAAGAUGCACAGUUCCUUGAGCAACUACUUGACAACUCCAAUAUUGAUGAUUACAAGCUUUCCACUGAACUGAAAGUGACAUUGAGAAGGUAUCAACAGGAGGGUAUUAACUGGUUGGCUUUCUUGAGGCGGUUCAAGCUCCAUGGGAUUUUAUGUGAUGAUAUGGGACUCGGGAAAACACUGCAGGCAUCAGCAAUCAUCGCAUCUGAUAUAGCAGAGCACCGUGCUUCCAAGAAUGGGAAGGACCCUUUGUCUCUAAUUAUUUGCCCAUCAACACUAGUUGGACAUUGGGCAUAUGAAAUAGAGAAAUUUAUUGAUCCUUCUGUAAUGACUCCUCUUCAGUAUGUUGGUUCUGCUCAAGAGCGUAUUUCACUUAGAUGUCAUUUUGAAAAGCAUAAUGUCAUCAUAACAUCCUAUGACGUAGUCCGCAAGGAUAUUGACUACCUCAGACAGCAACUCUGGAAUUACUGUAUUUUAGAUGAGGGGCAUAUUAUCAAGAAUGCCAAGUCUAAAAUUACAACUGCUGUGAAGCAGCUUAAAGCUGAGCACCGUCUUUUAUUGAGUGGAACACCAAUUCAGAAUAAUGUCUUGGAGUUAUGGUCACUUUUUGACUUUCUAAUGCCUGGGUUUCUGGGAACAGAGAGACAAUUCCAAGCCACUUAUGGGAAGCCACUGGUAGCAGCUAGGGAUCCCAAAUGUUCUGCCAAGGAUGCUGAAGCAGGGGCACUUGCAAUGGAAGCAUUACAUAAGCAGGUCAUGCCCUUCCUCCUCCGUCGAACAAAGGAUGAGGUUUUGUCUGAUUUGCCUGAGAAAAUCAUUCAGGACAGAUACUGUGAUCUGAGCCCUGUCCAGUUAAGACUUUAUGAACAGUUUUCUGGUUCAGAUGCGAGAAAAGAAAUUUCCACCUUAGUUCACGUGAAUGACUCAGAGGAUACUAGAGAAGGAAAUAACCCCUCACCAAAAGCAUCUUCACAUGUCUUCCAGGCACUUCAAUACCUGCUGAAGCUCUGUAGUCAUCCGUUGCUUGUUCUUGGUGAAAAGAUUCCAGAAUAUCUCAUGUGCCUUUUAUCCAGUAUCAUGCCUGGCAUUGAUGACAUCAUUUCAAACCUUCAUGAACUGCAUCACUCUCCAAAAUUGGUUGCUCUCCAAGAAAUUCUGGAAGAAUGUGGAAUAGGCGUGGAUGCUUCAAGUUCUGAAGGUGCCAUUGGUGUUGGGCAGCACAGGGUUUUGAUAUUUGCUCAGCACAAAGCCCUUCUGGACAUAAUUGAAAAAGAUUUGUUUCAAGCACAUAUGAAGAGUGUCACAUACUUGAGGCUCGAUGGCUCUGUUGAACCAGAAAAACGUUUUGAUAUCGUGAAAGCCUUCAAUUCAGACCCCACCAUUGAUGUACUACUGCUCACAACACAUGUUGGUGGACUUGGAUUAAACUUGACAUCAGCUGACACGCUCGUUUUUAUGGAGCAUGAUUGGAAUCCAAUGAGAGAUCUCCAGGCUAUGGACAGAGCACAUAGGUUGGGUCAGCGCAAAGUUGUGAAUGUCCAUCGUCUUAUCAUGCGAGGAACUCUGGAAGAGAAAGUUAUGGGCCUCCAAAAGUUCAAAGUUUCAGUUGCUAAUGCAGUUAUUAAUGCAGAGAACACCAGCAUGAAAACAAUGAAUACAGAUCAGUUGCUUGAUCUAUUCACAUCAGCACAGACCAGCAGAAAGGGUACUGCUGUUUCAAAGAGCUCAGAUGGUAACUUCAACGGAGACCCAAAAUCAGUUGUUGGUGGGAAGGGGUUGAAAGCUAUACUUGGUGGACUAGAGGAGCUUUGGGAUCAAUCACAAUACACAGAGGAAUACAAUCUCAACCAGUUUCUAGCAAAGCUUAACGGAGCUUAACAGCUGAAUCUAAUCACAGCCAAUGUACAGUGUGUAUUAGUUGUCUGUUGGCUCUCAAUUUUGACGCUGUUGCCCUAAUUCUUUUUUUUUUUUUUUUAAAUGCUUGUAAAUGUUCAUUGUAUUUGUUGGAAGCUAGCUGAAUAGGAAAAAGCGGCUUUCAACUGUUCGGUCAGGCGAUAUAAUUCCAGUUCAUUGAAAAUGCAGGAGGGGGUUGAGGAUAGAAAUUUGUAUUCUUUGCAUAUUGUAUAUACCAUCAUCAUCUCAUAUUGUAGUUGCAUCCUCUUUACUCUUUUCCAGUAA